UGCGGUGCGCUGAGCGUGUCGUCGUGUCGUGUCGUGUCGUGUCGUGUCGUGUCGUGUCGUGUCGUGUCGUGUCGUGUAAACUGAGAUGAGCAGCAGGAGGUUCAGGGCUGUGGUGGGGCUCAUGAAGGUCCCGGAGCGAGAGCUGAUGGGUGAUGUUUUAUUACGCGACAGCGCUGAGCCCUCGCUUCCGGUUCACGUCAAUAUCGGUAAAUUCGUCCGCUUGGAUGACGGCCGGUAUAUCGACACCGAGGACCGGGAUAAAGCCGUGAGGAGGAGACAGCUCGCCAACGCCAAGGAGAGACUCCGGGUCCGGAGUCUGAACAGCAUGUUCUCGUACCUGCGGCGCAUCGUUCCGGUCAUGCCUCGGGACCGAAAGCCCAGUAAAGUGGACAUGCUGAAGGCCGCCACCGAGUACAUCCGGCUCCUGUCGGCCGUCCUCCAUCACUCCUCAGCCGCCAGUAAUGGAGAUGCAAAUGUUUUGCUGGAGACCGGGAUCAACUGCUCCAGCUUGGAGACGGACUGCUCUGAUCUCUGGAGCAUGGAGGAUGUCCUGGAGUCUCCGUCCAGCCCCUUUCUGUCGGAGAGCGUGCCGAACGCAGCGGACGACGAGCUGGAUCUCGGGAACGUGACGGUUCAGUGCGUGGUCCCCAUGUACAUCGUCCAGGUGGCGUCCGAGCAGACCGUGAUCACCAGCACGCUCCCGUCUUAACUGGGGUUCAAUGUUAUAUCACUGAUUCAUGCCUCUGAUAUUAGUAGAGUUACUAAAACAUGUGAAGGAAGGACGAUCGGUUUGAUCCUGACGUGUCGUGGGAAUUUAUUUUGUAUUUAUUUUCAAGAGCCGACUCAUUUACAUAUAAGAGAGAGAAUGUAUAUGAAUAUGUGGAAUUAACACAUUUAUGAUUUUCAAAUGUGAAUAAAUUGUAAAUAGGUA